GAGGAGCUGGUGCGCAGCAUGCCGUUUGUGCCGGACGCGCUGGACUGGACGUGCGUUCUCUCGUCGUGCAAGGGGCGGAGGGAUCGCCGGAGAGGCGCGGUGGCGGUGGAGAAUGUUCUUCGCUUGGAUCCCAAGAACACGGCUGUCUACGUGCUGGCUUUGAAUCACAGCGUACGCGAUGGGUGAUGGAUCGAGGUCGAGAAAAGCAUGGAUGAUUGCUGGUGGCAUGCGAAGCUUUUGAGCUCAUCACUGUUCUUAGUUGGACAGGAAUCUUGGAAAAGCUGUCUAAGACCGCGUUGCCGGCUCCCAUCGUUCUCUAUAUGUUUAUAAGCUGGGAUUGGUGUUGCUCGCAAAAACACGCAAAUGGAGCUUGUGAGGAGCUCUGGAACACGGUUUUUGCUGCUGUGCGUCAUUCUUUUCUUCCGACAGGCAGCCGGGAGAACGAGAAAGUUUGAGUUUAAUGUCGCAUAUAUGAGUGUUAACAAGUUAUGCAGAGCUACGAGGAUUGUUGCUGUCAAUGGGCAGUUUCCCGGGCCUUCCAUCCGCAUCCAACAAGGCGAUAAAGUGAUAGUUCGAGUUCAUAAUAUGAUACGCAGCAACAUCACUAUUCACUGGCAUGGAGUUCAGCAGCGGCUUUCGUGUUGGCAAGACGGGCCUGCAUUUAUAACUCAGUGUCCCAUCCAAGAGAGAAACUCGUUCACGUAUCGAUUUAGAGUCGAUCAAGUCGGGACACUUUUCUGGCACGCUCAUGCAGCUUGGCUUAGAGGCACAGUUCAUGGUGCGUUUAUCAUCGAGCCUGUUACCAGAAGACCGCGGCCGUAUCCAUUUCCCCAGCCAUUUAGAGACGAGACCAUCAUCCUUGGAGAUUGGUUUGUCAACGAUCUCCUCGAAGAGGAGGAGCGAGCUAUAGUUUCUGGCGGAGCACCGGACAUGUCCAACGCUUUCAUAAUCAACGGGAAGCCUGGGCCUCUCUUUAACUGUUCGGCGACUUCUUAUUCCAAGUCAUUCACUCACGAAGAGAACACGCACAAGAUCGGCUUCAUACCAGGAGAAGCUUACCUCCUGAGAAUCAUCAAUGCUGCACUGGAACAGGACCUCUUCUUCUCAAUCGCAAAUCACACCAUGACCGUCGUCGAGAUCGACGCAUCCUACACAAAGCAUCUCACAGUCACCGAGUUUCUCAUCACCCCGGGGCAAACCGUAUCAGUUCUAGUCAAGGCAAGCCAGCACGGUGGAAGUUACUACAUGGCAGCCUCGCCUUGGAGAUCCGGUGGUGCUCUCUUCCAGCCAACAGCAGCUCUUGGCAUCAUCGAGUACAUUACUCCACACGGGAAUUUUUCGCUCAUGCCAGUUCUUCAUAACCUGCCGAACCCGGACGACAAGGCCUUGGGGCAAAAGUUCCAGAAGCUGCUGCGGAGCUUAAACUCGAAACAGUAUCCAGAACAAGUUCCUCAGUUCGCAGAUCGACGCCUGUUUCACGUCGUCAGCUUGAACGUAAAGCCUUGCUCUCCAGGCAUCAAUUGCUCGGGACCAGCAGGACUACGCCUAUCAAGCUCCAUCAACAACGUUUCUUUCGUCUCACCGAAGACUUCGUCCAUUCUAGAAGCUUAUUACAACAGGAUUCCGGGUGUCUUCACGGCCGAUUUUCCUGACAAGCCGCCGGCUCCAUACGACUACGUUGGCAAGGCUUUCGAUAUCUCUGAUCUCUUUUCGGAGACUGGAACGAGAGUGAGCGUCAUUCCUUACGGUGCCAACGUCCAGCUCGUUCUCCAGACGACCAUCAACCUUGCAAACGACAGCCAUCCAUUUCACCUCCACGGUUUUGACUUCUACAUCGUUGGCGAGGGGCACGGCAACUUUGACGGUGCUCGAGACGAGCGCAAGUUCAACCUUGUGGAUCCUCCACGCAGGAACACUGCGUUGAUUCCAAUCAAAGGCUGGAUAGCUUUAAGAUUCAAGGCUGACAAUCCAGGAACUUGGCUGUUCCAUUGCCACCUAGACGGACAUCUUACUUGGGGCCUGGAGAUGGCAUUCAUCGUUCUAAACGGUGAAGGCCCCAAGCAAACUUUGCCUUCUCCGCCAAAACAUCGACCAAAAUGCUAGUUUAUGCUCUCAAGGAUCAUUGCCGACGAUUCUUAUAUAUGCGUACACUAUGUCUUCGAUUCAGCAUUCGUAACAUCGGGUAAAAAAUCCAAACAGGUGGAAUUUCCU